UUAUUUGCAUAUUCAUCAGUACACCGGUGUUGUAUGUACUUUGCACAAGUUCGCUUUUUGUGUUUUGCGUAGUUUGGUUUUUGGAAAAUUUGAUAAAAUGUGGAAAAAUUUGUGUUACAAGUUUUCAUUAAUUUCGCUGCUACUUUGUGUCCCGAGUUCAAUGCAAAUUUCUCUGGAUGAAUUUUUAACUUUGACACGUAGUCAGAAAGUAGCAUUAGAUGAGUUUCGAAGUGCAGUAAGUUCCAAACUUCCACACCAAUAUAUGAGGGAAGAUGUCUAUUUAAUACGAUGGUUGAGAGAACAAAACUUUAACGUCUCCGGGGCAACAAAUCGCAUUUUAAAGGAUAUCCAGUGGAGAGAAGACAACGAUAUCGACAAUAUUCUAAAGGAAGACUGGGCCGAUUUUGACCGCGAGUUCCGAGUUCACAUUGAAGGCUGUGAUAAAUCAGGGCGACCCAUUCUCUCAAUUCCGGUCGGAGAUUGGGACCUGCGCCGAGCCGUCGUCGCCGGCCAAUCGAAUCGUCUCAUGAGAUAUUUUAGCAAACUGUUCGAAGAGGGAUUCACAAUGGCGAGAAAGUUUCAAGAAAAUGGACAAAAUGCGACGCAAGGAACGAUAAUUUUCGACAUGGGAAAUUUUAACCUAAUUCAGCAAGGAUGUUUGCGAUGUAUCCCCAUAUUUUUCCACAUUUUGUCCGUUUAUGAGCAACACUACCCAUACUUUGCACAUUGGGUUGUCUCUGUAAACACUCCCGAAUUUGCACUCCCAAUUUACGACAUCUUCAAAGGCAUCUUAUCCAAGCAUGUUAACGAAGUGCUGCACAUUUUUGGCAGGAACAAGAGAAAGUGGCAAAACUUUUUACUUGAGGAAAUUGACGAGUCUCAGCUUACGAAAAAUUUGGGUGGAACAAACUUUGAAGCUCUGGAUUACGCAGAUUUUAGAGGAAUGGAUGUUUCUUCGUAUACUUGUGCGGAUAUGGAGCUCCUUCGUCAUCAUUAAUGUUAUUUUGAACUGUGACGUUUUAUAACAUCAUGCUGCUCUUUAUGCAAAAAUAAUUAAGAUAUCACUUUGAUUGUAAUUAGCCAUAUUUUUUAACUGAUUACUAAUGCGUUAAACGACAAUUCAUAAUUGCUAUGCACAGUACGGUCUAAAACCAAUUUAGUCUUUGGUAUCAUGAUUAUAUCGCAUCUACAUAACUCACGUAAUUUGAUAAAUCCCAUGUUAACAAAUCGCUAGGGAAAUCCUAACUUAACAGAACAACAAGACUAAUUGCCUAAUUUGUACUAAUGCUUUAACAUUUGCAUAAAUUUGAAGUCAUUUCCCACUCCGGAAAUAAUCUAUAUUUAUCCCUAAAGUUCAAUAUAAAAAGGGAAUAAACUUUGCUAUGACAAU